GCGUUUCUCUCUUUUCUCGUCUGACCAUUCCGUUGUUCCCCGGUGGCUCAGAGUUCCUCCAUCCCCAAAUCAAUCAAAUCUACCUCUUCGCUGCCGACCGCGAGAAAGAAGUGCUCAAAUCUUGUAUUCCAUCAUGUCUACAACCAAUUCGCAGAUCCUCAAUCUCUGGGGAGUCCUGUCUGAAUCAAAGCGCAUAAUCAAUGCCCACUCUCGCCACUUCUUAGCUUUAUCAGUCAUCUUCCUCCUGCCCCUUUCUUUCUCUCUGAUCAUCUACCCUACUCUUCAAUCCACCUUCUUGUCAUCCGAUUCACUCAUCCCACAACAAUCCCUCUUCGUCUCCUCACCUUACGCCUCCCCACAGCCCACCACUGCCCAAUUCCUCCUCCCUCUCGUCUAUACCCUCUUUGUGCUUCUCCUAUCCCUUUUGGCUGUAGCCACAAUCACCUACAGCACUUUCCAUGGAUUCUAUGGUAGACCCGUUAAGCUUAUGUCAUCCUUCAAAUCAACCCUCUACUCAUUUCUCCCUUUAGUUUCCAGCUUCCUUGUAUCCCAAUUCAUCGUGGCUGUGAUCAUUUCACUUUUAGGCCUUUUUGCAGCUUUAAUUUACAAAAGUUUGCAACUUUAUGGUUUGGAUAUGGAUUUUGACUCAAAAUAUUUUCUGGGAUUUUCGAUUCUCAUAGCGAUAAUGGUUGGAUUAGUCUUAGUUUGGUUGCAAGUGAACUGGUCAUUAGGGAGCGUGGUUGUAGUAGUAGAGUCGAAAUGGGGCUUUGAGCCAUUGCAAAGAAGUUACUAUUUAUUGAGUGGAAUGAAAAGGGUGGCAUUGUCAAUGCUGUUGUUUUAUGGGCUGGCUAUUGGGUUAUUAGUUUGGGGGUGUUCGACUUCUGUGGCGAAUGCAGGGCAGGCCAGUGGAUGGUGGAGGUGGACCUUUGUGUUGCAGACGGUUGUUAGCUCGGCUUUUAUUACUCUGCUAAUGCUUCAUAAUGUAGCUGCUAAUGUGGUUCUAUACAUGUAUUGCAAGGCAUUACAUGGCGAAUUGGCAUUUGAGAUUGCUGAGGAGUUCGCCUGCCAGUAUGUUAGCUUGCCCUUUGAUUGCCAGAAGGUUCCCCAUAUCGUUUCUGUUGUUGAAGUUUAGUCUAGUUCUAGGUUGUUGAACUUGGUUUGUUGCUAAAUUCAGGCUGUAGUCUUGUUUGGUUCUGUAUCAGCUUAUGCUGUUUGUUGAUCUUCCUGUAUACGAACUACAUUUGGAAUUGUGUGCUGAAAUAUUUGUAAAUAUAAUGGCUGUUACACGUUUGCUUUAUGAUUCAUUAAACGAGUAUGUUAGCUUCGUUUAGCUGGUUGAUUUGGAAAUAUACAUCUUUUUUUAUCUCA